UUUUGAAAAAAUUACACUAUACUGCUACAUCUCAUAUCAUUGAACUUAUUGAAUCAAAACAAAAAACACUAACAAAUAUCACAAAAAUGAAAUUAUUUGGUAAAAAGAAUACCACCACUACCAACAAAAAAGAUGAUAAUCAGAUCGAUAUCAUGGAAAUGAUUGUUAUCUUUAGAACAGAACAAACCAAAAACUAUGAUGCUGAUAUUGAUGAUGAUAUUGAUCAGCAACCAAUGUUAGAACAACGUAUUCGACGUUUAACUCGUCGUUGUCGAAAUCGAAGUGAUUCAAACAUUGUUAAAAAUAAAAACACUGAUCAGAAAAAAGAUCCUUGGUGGAUGAUUUGUUUGCGAAUUUUCACUUUGCUAUGGCUUAUUCUUUACAUGAUUUUCGUAUGUUAUUUCAUAUCUUUUUUGAAAGAAUAUGAAUUUAUUCGAACAUCGAAAAGAAUAACAUCAAUACAUCAUUUAAAUGGAACUCAUAAUAGUAGUGGUGUUUGAAAUAAAUUUUUUAUUUUUU